GGCUCUGGCGGUGCCGCUGCUGCUGCCGUCAGGGGUGCAGGGGUUGCGGUGGGGAGGUGGUGCUGGGCCGGGCAGGCUCCGCCGGGCUCAGUCGCCCCUUCCGGCUCCUCUCACCUUCUCCGCCUCGGCGGGGCCUGCCUCUCGCCUCCGCCAUGCACCCCGUUUUCCAGAGCAGCCGGCGCGACUUCACCUUCGGGCCGUGGAAGCUGAGCGCCGCCCGGACCCACAUCAUGAAGUCGGCGCAGGCCGAGAGAUUGGCUGAUGAAUUACACAUGCCUUCCCUGCCAGAGAUGAUGUUUGGAGAUAAUAUCCUAAGAAUACAGCAUGAUCGUGGUUUUGGAAUUGAGUUCAAUGCAACAGAUGCUUUAAAAUGUGUCAAUAAUUGUCAAGGUAUGAUCAAAGUGGCUUGUGCAGAGGAGUGGCAAGAGAGCAGGAGUGAGACUGAGCACACUAAGGAAGUUGUCAAGCCAUAUGAUUGGACUUACACAACAGACUACAAAGGAACAUUGCUGGGAGAUGCUGCAACCUUAAAGGUUAUUCCUACAACAGAACACAUAAAUACAGAGAAAUUGAAAGCCAGAGAACAAAUUAUGUUUUUUGAAGAAGUGCUUCUGUUUGAAGAUGAACUUCAUGAUCAUGGAGUGUCAAGUUUGAGUGUAAAAAUAAGAGUUAUGCCUUCCAGUUUUUUUGUGCUACUGAGGUUUUUCUUGCGAGUUGAUGGGGUUCUUAUCAGGAUGAAUGACACAAGGCUUCACCAUGAGGCUGACAAGUCCUACAUGUUGCGAGAAUAUACAUCCAGAGAAAGCAAAAUAUCAAGUUUAAAGCACGUCCCACCUUCCCUGUUCACGGAACCUAACGAGAUCUCUCAGUACCUACCCAUAAAGGAGACAAUCUGUGAAAAACUAGAAUUCCCAGAGAAGCUGGAGCCUAAACCAGAAGCAUCACUGGAAACCAUGUGUGUUAAGUCUAAAUAAAUGUGACUUUAUAUGGACUUGAAGUAGACUGGAGAUGUGAUCACAUAACUGUUGCCAUGGGGGGAGGUUUCACUACAAGUGGAAUAAAGAAUUUGGCUAAUUUUUCUGUAGCCCUGAGAGAAAACAUUUCAAGCAGGUUUUGCUAACCGUGUUUUUUGUUUAUUUUUUUAACCUGUAUCUGGAGUUAAUGAUAGACUGGUGGUGAGCUAUAGUUUUCAAUGGCACUGGAGAAAGACUCUGAUGAUUAAGAGUCUGGGUUCUGUUUAGUUCACCAGUUAGGCAGCAGUAUUGUCUGGACCCUCCACCACAAACACUUCUAUGAAGAUUUUGUUAUUGCUGCUUCAGAUAUUAAGAGACUACUGGAGUCAUGAAAUUGGCAUGAUUUUAUUGAGAAAUCAUCCACAGUAAAAAAAAUAAACAAAUUUCCUCCAUUUAUUUUGAGCUGUUGGUCCUAAACUACACAUUUUGCUUGGCUUCCUCUACUGUGAGCUGAUAAUCAACUAAGUUACAUUUUGGAGUCUCUGAUGCAGACUCUAACUUAAGAAUAUUAAUUUCAUCUGAAGAAAGGUUUAAGGAGAAAAAAAGAUCACACUUGUUUGACACUAUAUAAAGGUAAAAUUACCUUGUUUGUGCGGCAUUAACUCCAGAGCAGGAGAAAAGCUGGAGGUUGAGACACACACGCUUGUAAGUCUCUUCACAAAUACUAGUUGAAUCUGAUGCCAGCCCGAUUUCUCUAGACAGUUCUGGAGACUAUUGCUUGAGGUCUGUAUGCUGCUACAGUCCUGUACUGUAUUGGAAAUGCUUUGUACUGUCCUGACCUUCUGUUGGUGCACAUGUGUGAUGGUUAUGCUGCCCUGACAGUCAAAUUACUCAAUUUCAGAGUAGCUUGAAGCUGGGGAAGAGAGGGGUGUUUAGUCUCUACUCCCUAAAGGAUGCUGGUAUUUGCAGUUUGAGAACCAAGAUCCUAUAUAGCCAUAAAAGGAUGCUAACAUGUAUUCCAGAUACAUUGUUUGGAUUUAUUUUUACAGUUCUUUACAUUCUGCUAUUAAUAGAAGUGUGAUUAUGUGUAUAGUCAUGGUUUUAACUCAACACUUUGUAGCUUAAACUUUCAGUUCUUGUAUUGCUUUUGAAAAUCCCAAAUUAUGUUAAUGGUUUGUCCUAAGAAUGGGGGAGCUACACAGACUUGACUUCAAGUUUCCUGCUCAACAGUCAGUGAAGUGCAGGAAGCAAAUGACUGUAGUGAAAAGCAGGCCUUGUGGUUUAAGGUGAUGGCAGAUAGGAAUGGGUACACGUUCUAAUUUCUUGGAGUUUUUGUUUAAAAGUGUUCAUACUUUACACUGCAUGGCUUAAUAGAAACAAGCUAUCUCAAAACCCUGGUAUUUAAUUGGGUCUUUUGAGAAAUGGUAUUCACUUAGAGAAGACCCUGGGGUUUUUAGAAAAAAAGUCUACUGCCAUCUAAGUGACUGUUUUAUUAA